UAGGGAUACAGUUAUAAGAACUGUCUCUUGCAAUUUAUAUACAAUCCGCAGAUCAGCGAUCACAGCCGGCACUUCCUGAGUUUCGAUUCAUGUUUAUUAUUAUUACCCUCCAAGAUGCUGAUUCCUCAUUUGGUAACAUCUUUGUAUCUGCUAGUAAGCGUUACCGCUUAUGAUGCCCCUCAAAAAUGUGGAUUAUGGAAUAGGGACGAGGAAAUUUCGAGGAUACUGGAUGAAUUUGCGACUAGACUACCACGCAAGGAGCACCUUACAGAUAUUAAAUUCAAGACGUUGACGCAGAGGCUUGACCACUUUGCACCUUCCGUCAUGGAUACUUGGGAGCAGCGGUAUGCUGAAAAUUUAGAUCAUUACAGAGGCAAUAACUUGAUCUUUUUAAUGAUAGGAGGUGCAGGUGCAAUGAACGAACUUUGGCUAAAGCUUGGUCUGAUGGCCAAGCAAGCGGAAAAAUUCAAAGCUGCAACUUUUGUAAUUGAGCACAGAUUUUACGGCGAAAGUCGACCAGGACGUGACUUGACAACAAAAUCGUUGCAGUAUUUGAGCAGCGACCAAGCAUUAGCUGAUUACGCGCAUUUCAUCACGCAAAUGAACUUAGAGCAUGGUUUCAAAAAUCCAAAAUGGAUCGUUUUCGGAGCCUCGUACGGAGGAUCUUUGGCAGCUUGGCUCAGGUACAAAUAUCCGCAUUUGGUAUAUGCUGCCCUGUCCUCCAGUGGUUCCUUAUUUGCGAAGGCCGACUUUCAUGAAUGGUUCGAAGUAAUUACAAAAUCAUUGUCUACGUUAGGCGGUCCUAAGUGUGUGGAUGCAAUCAAGACCGCAAAUAAAAUCAUGAGCGAGAAUGUUCACAACAAGAAAAAACGAGAGUAUUAUCGGGAUCUUUUUGACCUUUGUGAACCGUUCGAGGGUGAUAAAAAAGAAAUCAGUAGCUUCUUCUGGAGUAUGGCAUUUCCUUUUUUUAUACCCGCUCAGUCUCUGAAUAAAAAAGAAAUUGAAAAGGGCUGUGCAAUUAUGACGGACGAGUCGAUUAAAUCACCCGUAAAUCGAUAUGCUAAAUACAACGAACAAUUUAGAGGGAACGAACUCUGCCAAUCCAUUAAAUAUUCAACCAUUAUCGGCACACUGAACGACACCGCAUAUGGGUGUGGCUGUGGAGGUCGCCAAUGGUGGUACCAAUGUUGCACUGAAUUCGGUUGGUACAUGACGUCCAACCGGAAGGACGACACGUUCGGAGACAAAAUAGACCUCGACUUUUUCAACGGCAUUUGCACGAAGGCAUACGAUAUUAAGUUUGACAUACCGUUCGUGGAAACGUCUGCAAACGAGACUAACUUGCACUACGGAGGAUAUGACCUGCCUGUGACCCGCGUGGUGUUCGUUACUGGUCAAAGUGACCCAUGGGCUCCUCUCAGCAUCACGAGUAAACCUCCCAAAGGAAGCAUUGCAAUCUCCAUCAAAGGAGGGACUCACUGCUCGGACAUACUGCCGGAGAGAGACACCGACACUGAACAAGUGAAAAGAGCUCGCGCAAAGAUAUCACGCACCCUGGAGAGAUGGACCAAAGGAAAGGAAUUUGAAGAGGAAGAGGAAGAAGAAGAAUAAACUCCCACCAAUUACUGAAACCUGCGCCUGAUACCUGAAAAACCCCCAAAAAUAAAGUAAUGACUCAUCACAGC